UUCUGAAGACAAGACAGCAGCUCAUCACAUCACUAACCACAGCACCACAGAAGAAGAGAUGGCCCAGAUCAGAGCCCCUGUUAUUGUGCUGCUCGUGCUCCUGGCUGUGGGGCUGUUCACUACUGAGGCUUCUGCAGCUAAACAAGGACGUCGUAGAAGAGGCUGCUGUCAAAGCUAUACUGGUGGGGAAAUACCUUUUGGAGUUAUCGUAGGCUAUACCCUACAGAAUGAUUUUGAAAUUUGCAGAAUCCCUGCCAUCAUAUUCCACACUAAAAAGGGGAAAGAUUUGUGUGCAGACCCUUCCCAGAGCUCGGUGAUCCAACAUGUCAACCGACUGGGGGACAAGGCGGUUCACAUCAGGAAAUCACAGUCCUAAUCCGAUGAUGGGUUCUGGAUACAGAUCAGCAGAACAUGUGUAUUUAACAGUCAGGAACUGAACAUGUUAAUAACCAGUGUACAUCUCCCCUCCUGUUUCAUCUGCUAUCCAUCUACCUAUAUCUUCUUAGUCCUAUAUUUUCUGGGCUGAUUUUAUAUAAAUAGAUUUUGGAAAUAAAAAAUGUAGUUAUAAUAUAACACUUUUUUUAUGAGCAAUAAAGUUACGAUCUCAUUGUAAGACUAUCAGGAAACUAAAUGUUUAAACUUUUUUUCAUGAAAACAUUUGUUACUUUUUGUCACUGUUACAAUUUUUAUCUUUAGUAAAUGUAUUAUAUUUUACUAUAACCUGUUUGUAUAUGAAAUAGGCUUUGUGAUUGCAGAGUUUAAUGGUUUGAUCUCGUUUUAUGGGCAUCAGAAAUUGCACACGUUGUAGCACUUUUAUUCAUAAAAGUCUUGUAUAUGAUCAUAUCAUUGAUCACAUCUGAAGCUUUUAACUGUUACUUUAAUAUUUUA